ACAAACAAACAAAACAGAGACCACACUGCGAUUUCACUGAAACACGUUCCUUCCUUCUGCCCUUUGAUUUCACGAGAGAGAGAGAGAGGGAGGGAGGGAUGUUGCUGUCGCAUACCAAGUUCCUUAAUUCACGAUUAUCUUCAACAUCUCUGAUCCAUCUCUGUGAUUAUCACAAGCGGAGACCAAAGUGCAUAAAACCACUGAAUAGUAAGAGGAAGAAUGUUGCUGCUGUCUUCGUAUCGAAGGAGCCAAGAAGCCACGCGCCGAUUCUAAUACCACGCGCCUCCGCAAGCGAGAAGUCAUCGCAGCCCACAGGCACCGCCACCGUGCGGUGGCUUCUCGAACCUGUCGGUGAUGGAGACUGGAAGCACAUUGGUUACAGAGUGCAGUUGCCUGGCCCUUUCGAGAUCUCAUCCAACGAAGUUACCGUUGGUCGGCUGCCGGACAAGGCAAACAUGGUGAUUCCCGUCGCCACGGUGUCGGGAUUGCACGCCAGAAUCCAAAAGAAAGGCGGAGAACUUCUCAUCACCGACUUGGACAGUACCAAUGGAACAUUCAUCGAUGAUAAGCGACUGGCACCAGGAGUCACGGCUUCUGUCCCCGAGGGAAGUCGGAUCACCUUUGGAGACACAAACCUGGCGAUAUUUCAGGCUUUCAGGCUGGAGACCAUAGAAUCAGCAAAUGAAACAUCAGAAGAACAAUCCCAGGAGGAACCUUCCACUGGUGACAAAACCAAUUCAGCUACCUGAGACGCAAGUAAACAUAAUACAUGUAUCUGAGUUAUUUGACAUAGCUUCCCUGUUUCACAUCUCACCUGGCACAUGAUCUGAUCGGAAAAGAAGGGAAAAGCCGAUGUAAUAAAAGCAAAUCAAAACUUCUCUUCAGCA